AUUAAAAGCACGGGUAGCAGCGAAGUGAGGAGAUUCCGUUUAUGUAAAUUUUUUCUUGUUUUUCCAAACAGAAAACAGAGACUGUUUGUAUAACGAAGCCUUUCUCUGCGGAAGCUAACGUCCUUUUCUUUCCCUCUGUAAGUAGUGCAGACUGCAGAAUAUGCCUGUGCUGAAGUUGCAGAAAUUCUGGAGGGAGGAUGCCUUAUCUUGUAUUGGCGACUUCGUGUGCAUAAUUGCCUCAUGACUUCUUCCAUGCAUGAUCCCUCAGAUAAUAGUGAGCCAAAUGAGCAGCAGGAACACGCAGAAUCUCAGUCUCAGUCAUCAUCUCCUGCAACUGCACUGGUGCACCCUGUGAUGUCAAUCCCAAAUGUUCAGUAUGCAACAAGUCCGCAGCUUGGUUCAGGGCAUGCAAUGGCGGCAGCAGCAGCAGCAGCAGCAGCUUACCCAUAUCCGGAUCCCUACUAUAGAAGCAUUUUUGCUCCCUAUGAUGCUCAGCCAUAUCCUCCACCGCCCUAUGGUGGACAACCAAUGGUCCAUCUUCAGUUAAUGGGAAUUCAGCAAGCUGGAGUACCUUUGCCAUCAGAUGCAGUUGAGGAACCUGUAUUUGUCAAUGCAAAACAAUAUCAUGGCAUUUUGAGACGUCGGCAAUCCCGUGCAAAAGCUGAAUCAGAAAAAAAAGCUAUCAAGUCUCGGAAGCCAUACUUGCAUGAAUCUCGACAUCUGCACGCAUUGAGAAGAGCUAGAGGAUUGGGUGGUCGGUUUCUUAAUUCCAAGAAGAAUGAGAAUCAACAAGAGGAUGAAGAUUCACCAGGUGUCAGAUCACAAUCCAAUAUCAAUCUUAACUCUGAUAAAAAUGAUAUUGCUUCCUCCGAUAACCAGUCUUGAUAUGAGCAAGUUGGUGGUAUGCUGUGGUCCCAAAAGUCAGAUAUUUAUAGGUGACAUCCUGGAGGAGCAUCCCCAGAAGUCAGUAUUGCUUUACUCUUGUUCUUCACAUAGAAAUCAUUAGUUUGUAUAGCUUUUUAUAGCAGUUGGUUUGUAGGGAGGUUGCAAAGACGGAGGAGGUAGUGUAAUUAAGGGGCAUGAGUAGUUGUCUUUGCAACAGCAGUUUUUAUUUGUAGUAUUUUUCAUGUUUUCCAUAGAGUAGAGUGAUGUGUGAGGCAUUUCUUUGCUUUCCAGAAAGUAGUCAAGCUCGAUAUUUUUCUACCAGAAAAGUUGGAAUCAUGCGAGUUGAUUAUGUUUCAUUAGCUUAGUGAAAAUUAGGUUGGGUGUUUGUGUGUAGUAUUAAGACCUUUGAUUACUUGUUAUUGUCAACUUAUCAAAUAAGAUGGAUGGUUUGAUUAA